AUGUCUGAUAAGAGAUCAAAGAGACAAAGCUCACACCAGUUGAGUAAAGAUAGAUACCGCGAUGAGGAUGGAUCAGAAGAAGAGGAAGCACCAAAGUUCAAUGGAGAGUUUGAAAGAGCUACACCAGAAGAGUUAGCUAAAAGAAAAAUAUUUAAGUUAAAGCCAAGAAAUCGCCCUGCUGAGAUACCAGUGGCAGCAGCACCAGUAGCAGCACCAGUGGCAGCACCAGAGGCAGCCGCAGUAGCAAAGCCUGUAGAAACAACACCUGCAGCAAGUGCCCCAGCACCAGCCGCCAAUCCAUUCGCAGGCUUUAAAAUCGACUUCAACAUACCAACAGCCACAACAGCUACAGCCAGUGAUUCCACGACCAAAACUUCACUGUUUGGAUCAUUGUCAUCUGGUGGAUUGUUUGGCCAGACCUCUUCACUACUUGGUUCAAGCAAUGGCAAUGGCACAAAGAAGGAGGAAGGCACUUCCAGCUCAGGAUACGUGUUCUCAUUGCAACCUACGACAUCGACCUCCAACUCCACUACCACCCCAACAACUACGACAGGAUUCACGCCAUCUUCCAGUUCAUCACUCUUUUCCUCUUCUUCCACUUCUACCUCCAACUCUAGCAGUGUUGGUGGUUUCAAGCCAGCUGCAGCACCUUCCUCAGGAGGCUUUGUAUUCGAUCCAAAAGGCACCGCAUCACUACCAUCAACGUCUUCAUCCAAUCAGCAGUCAGACAGCAAGUGGAAGUGUGCAUGUUGCGAACAGAUGAAUGCUGACACCGACAAGUCAUGCAGUGUAUGCAUGGUGCCACGACCAGCACCAAAGAAGGAGGCCGAGAAGCCAUCAACGGAUGAGAAAUGGAAGUGUCUUUGCUGCGAACAAAUGAAUGGACCAAGCGACAAGUCAUGCACUCUCUGCAUGGUACCACGACCAGCACCAAAGAAAGAGGAUGAGAACAAGCCAGCAGCAGCACCUGUCUCAGCACUAUUUGCCAAUGUCAAGUCCAGCACAUCAUUCGGAACAUCUGGACCUUCCAUCUCCUUUGGCUCCGGUCCAAUCAAGUUUGGCAGCGAAGCAUCAUCGAACAACACAACUACAUCACCUCCAGCCACCGGCUUCACUUCAUCAACAUCUGGUGGAUUCACGCCAUCCACUGGCGGAUUCACUCCAUCAACAUCUGCUCCAUCAACAGGAGGCUUCACUCCAUCAACAGGUGGAUUCACUCUAUCCACAGGCGGCUUCACUCCAUCAACAUCUGCUCCAUCGACUGGAGGAUUCGUGUUUGACACCGAUACAUCGUUCAAGAACAACCUGUUGUCCAAGGCUACACCUGCAGGCAAGUGGAAGUGUGCCUGUUGCGAACAAAUGAACGACGAUGCUACCAACUCAUGUGAGGUAUGCAUGGUCCCCAGGAAGAAGUAA